GAUUGGAGGGUGGGGAAAAGGGCGGGAUUUGAGGGCUGAGGGGAGGAGGGCUCUGAUUGGAUGAAGGGGUUGAAGGCGGGAUUUGGGUGCUGAGGUGGGGAGGGCUGUGAUUGGGUGAAUGAAAGAGGGCGGGAUUCGGGUGCUGAGGGGAGGAGGAUGAUGAUUGGUUGAUUGGGUUAAAGGGGGAGGGACUUGGAGCGCGGCGAGCGGUGAUUGGAGGAUGGGGAAAAAGGGCGGGAUUUGAGGGCUGAGGGGAAAAGGGUUCUGAUUGGAUGAGGGUUGAAGGCGGGAUUUGGGUGCUGAGGUGGGGAGGGCGGUGAUUGGCUGGCUACGGGGUGUGGGCGGGGAUUCGGAGUUGGAGGGCGCUGAUUGGGUGAACGGAAUGAGGGCGGAGCUUGAGGCUGAGGGGAGGAAGGAGUUGAUUGGCUGCGGGGAGAAGGCGGGAUUUUGAGGUCUGAGGGAGAGAGGGCGCUGAUUGGCUGGUUGAGACGAGCAGGCGGGGAUUGGAUAAUGGCGUGCUCUGAUUGGCUGGAGGAGAGCGAAGGGCGGGGCUUGAUGCUGAGGCGAUGAGGGCGGGGAUUGGCCGACCGUGGGGUGAGGCGGGAAGAACGCGAGGCGCUCUCCGAUUGGCCCGUUGGAACGGAGAGGCGGCGGAGCGCUCUCUGAUUGGCGGAGAGCGGUGGCGGGACGUCACGUGAUCCUCGGGGGUGGCCGCUCUAUCUCCGCUCUCCUCUCUAUGGUUCCGCUCUGAGGCCGGAAGCGGAAGUGCGGCGCGAUGCGGAAGUGCCGCGCCGUUGCCCGGCGGGUGCCAACAUGGCGGCGGAGACGGCGGCGGUUGGGGGGGGAGGGGGAGAGAGCGGAGCUGCAGCCAAAGGCAGUGUCCGUCAGACGGCCGUGACGCUGCACGGCGCCGUGAUGUCUCAGCCCGGGGACGCGCUGCGCCUGGCGGUGCCGUCCCUCAUCUACACCCUGCAGAACAACCUGCAGUACGUGGCCAUCUCCAACCUCCCAUAUCCUGCCCCAUAGGUGACCUACCAGCUGAAGAUCCUGACGACGGCUCUGUUCUCGGUGCUGCUGCUGGGCACGUCAUUAUCUCGCCUCCAAUGGUUUUCCUUGGCUCUCCUCUUUGCCGGCGUCGCGUUGGUCCAAACCGAACAACCCUCAGCCCCACAUCCACCCCCCGCCCCCCCCCAGCAUUACCUGACGGGGCUGGCGGCCGUCGGAGCCUCUUGUCUCUCAUCGGGUUUCGCCGGCGUCUACUUUGAGCGUCUCCUCAAGAGCUCCAAGUCGUCCAUAUGGGUCCGUAACGCCCAGCUGGGGGUCAUAGGCACCGUCGUCGGCCUGGCCGCCAUGUUGGCCGCCGAAGGUCGCGCCGUGGUGACGUUUGGCUUCUUCCAUGGUUACACCGCAGCCGUAUGGGCCGUAGUGGUGAACCAGGCGGCCGGGGGGCUGUUGGUGGCCGUGGUGGUGAGAUACGCCGAUAACAUCAUGAAGGGAUUCGCCACCGCGCUCUCCAUCGUGGCGUCCACGGCGGCGUCGGCGCAGCUCUUCGGGUUCAGGCCCAAAGGGGCGUUUGUGGUCGGUACCGUCAUGGUGGUGGUGGCUGUGUAUCUCUAUGGGAGGCCAAGAGGAGGAAAAGGGGCGGACAACGCGGACGGACACGCAGGCGGUCUCCCUCCAAGGAUAAAGGCUCCUGAUGGGACCAGCCACCCCUUCCGGGCCAUAUAGGGGCCGUACCGCCCCCCACCCGCCCCCUAUAGGAGCCAUAUGCACCCCACCGUACCCCAUAGGAUGCAUAUGCCCUAUAGAAACCGUAUGGUUUUCAUAUGCCCCAUAGAAUCCAUAUGGGUUUACUUACUCUUCCUAUAGGGGCCCUUUAAACCCUAUAGGAACCAUAUGGAUCUCUCCACACCCCAUAGGAGCCACUUGGGUUCCCCGUGCCCUAUAGGGGCUGUAGGGACCCUUGAAGCCCUAUGGGGCCAUAUGGAGCCUUAGAGCCUUCCAGGAACUAUACGGUCACUGUGUGCCUUAUAGGAGCCCUAUAGGAGCUUUAGGAGCCAUAUGGAUGCCCUAUAUACCCUAUAGGAACCAUAUGGACCCUCCAUGACCUAUAUGGACCCCCACCCCCCAUAUAUAUGUGCCCUUUAUACCCUAUAGAACCAUCCCUGGGCCCUAUAGGAGCUCAGUGGAGCCAUAUGGACCCCCUAUAUACCCUAUAGGAACCAUAUGGACCCCCUAUAUACCCUAUAGGAGCCAUAUGGACCCCCUAUAUACCCUAUAGGAACCACAUGGACCCCC